GCUUUGUCCUGUUUGUCCCUGUAAAAUCUGAUUGUAAUCCAAACGUUCACUAACUGUUACCAAAUUCUAGCAGCGAUGUCUGAAAAUCUCACAGUCACGCCGUUGUCGAACUUGGAAAAUCCCGGUUCGGUCACAAAGAUUGGCGAUUGUAUCAAGCCCCUGUUGGUCUCUGGAGAUCUGAGUGAUGUUCAGUUUGCCGUGGGACGUGGUUAUGGCCCAACAAAGAUCUUUCCAGCUCAUAGGUUGAUAAUGAGCGUCCGCAGCGCAGUGUUCCGUGCGAUGUUCUUUGGAAGUAUGUCCGAUAACUGCACGGCUCCAAUCGACAUUCCGGACAUCCUCCCUGAGGCCUUCGCUAAUCUGCUGAGCUACAUUUACACCGAUGCGGUGGCGGAUUUCACAGAGGACAACGUGUUUGACACGUUAAAGUGCGCUGACAAGUACGACCUACCGCUACUGCUUGCGAUGUGCACUAGCUUCGCCCUGCAAACGCUCAACAUCAACAACUGCUUGGACAUUUUGGACAACGCGGUGCAGUAUGCAGCUGCGGCGCCGAGCAUUCCUAAAAAGUGUUUGCGUCUAAUUGACGAGUCACCGGAAACUAUUUGGGAAUCGGAGCAGUUCUGUGCAAUUGGACUGGAGGCUCUACGCCUCAUUCUCCAACGAGAUACGCUGACCGCCAACGAAUGUACCAUUUCCCGGGCUGUGGAUAGGUGGGCUACAAACAUGUGCACUCAGCGGAACAUGGAAGCUUCCUCCGUUAAUCGACGCGAAGUACUAGGCCAGACACUGUAUCUCAUCCGGUUUCCACUCUUAAGUGACGCUCAGUUGGCGGAUGGACCGGCGAGGAUUGGUCUAUUGCUGCAAUCCGAGGCAUUGGACAUCUACCUCUACAAGCACGCCGACAUCAAACCGCAGCUUCCGUUUCCUACGGAGCCCCGACAAAAUGUACGCGCUCAGGGCGUUCUUAAUUAUACGAUUCCGAAUGUCAGAAAGCUGUCGGAGGCUUCCACGUUCAGCGAGCCAGUGGCAGUCAGAAAGCUUCUUUGGGGUAUCAGCGCUAGAAAAGAAACGCAAGGUGCUGAUGAGUCUGCUGCUCUCAGCCUCUGUCUGUGGUGUUCUGGCUAUCCGGAAUCACCUUCGUGGAUGUGUCAGGUUAAUGCCGAAAUGCGCUUGCUUCCAUGGAAGCCGGAAACUGCACCAAUUAAAAGAAAGUUUGCCAAAGUGUUCGGCAAGAAUAGACGCUGCUGGGGCGGGAAAUAUGUCUCUAUGGAGCAACUGCUUGAUCCGAAGAAAGGCUACGUCAAUCCUACCGACUUUUCGUUGAGACUGCAGGUACAUGUUGCUGCUGACCUUCCCACUGGAAUCGAAUGAAUGGAGCGUCGACGCAUAAAAAAUAGCGACGCUUGUAAAAGAUAAGCGUCUUCCGAAAGAGUUUUAGUUCCGCCCUUCAUGUUGCUGCCGUGUAAAUGGCUGCAGUUUCUGACGAGUUGUGUACCGAUUCUUUUGCUAGACUUAUCGUGGCACAAGAGAACGUAAGCUGACUACCUGAGUGAGAUGCUAAUAAUUUAUUGGACUGUGUGUAGGGAUGCCGUCUGUUCCACACAAACGCUUUUUGUAUUUCCCGCAAACACGAUUUUCUAUUCGCAGUACGUACGCAGUACAGUGUUUACCCUAGCUUCCGCAAUAUUUGCAAUCGUAAUGUGAUUUUGUUUUUAU